UUUCCCUACCGUGUUUCGUGCUUCUGGUCUAACUAAUUAACAUCAAAGUCAAAUUCCAUCAAGUAAAAUGUCCUACGGCGGCGGUUACAAUCCCUAUGGACAGCCAGGCGGUGGCUAUGCUGCCCCUCCAGGCGCAUUUCCGCCUCAAAACGCACAAGUUUCACCACAAGCUCAUCAGUGGUUUGCCAUGGUUGACAGGGAUCGAUCUGGGCACAUUAACGCCUCAGAAUUGAAGGCGGCAUUGAUCAAUGGGCGAGGCCAACAGUUCUCGGACAACGCAUGCAAGCUGAUGAUAAGCAUGUUCGACAACGACGCCAGUGGCAAAAUCGACAUAUACGAGUUCGAGAAACUUUACAACUACAUCAAUCAAUGGCUGCAGGUGUUUAAGACCUACGAUCAGGAUGGCUCCGGUCACAUUGAGGAAGGCGAGCUGACACAAGCAUUUACCCAAAUGGGCUUUCGUUUCACGCCGGAAUUCAUCAAUUUUCUGGUCAAGAAAAGUGAUCCACAGAACAAUAAAGAGGUAUCUGUGGAUCAAUUUAUAGUACUCUGCGUGCAAAUACAACGCUUUACCGAGGCAUUCAGACAGCGCGAUACCCAACAGAAUGGAACCAUUACCAUUGCCUUUGAGGAUUUCCUUAGUGUCGCCAUCGGCUGUUCUUAUUGAAGAUGACUCGAACUAUUUGGAACUCUAACGACCACUCUUACACACACGCACUCUCAAAGCCUUUUGAAGAUAACAAAACUAUAUUCCGUUUACCUAUGGUGCAUUUGGUUAAAAAUCUACUGUUAAUUUCCCCCGCUCCCAAUCACAUUGUAAUCUCACACACAUCGUGUAAUGUUAAUGCAGUUCUAAAGUACAAAGCAGCAUAAUAAAAUCAAGUAUA